AAAAUUAAUUUCUUCUUAAUUCUGUAGCUUUGAGUUCGCAAUGAAUAUUUAGGACUUAUCUUGUAAAUUGUAUAACUUUGCAAAGAAAGGUCAUGUAGAGCUGGGAGAUGUUUCAUUUUAAUCAGAAAUGUGCGGGCUACAAUCAUGGCUUAUUAAAAAAAGUUUUGGUUAUCUUUUAGAGUUUCUGCUAAACUGGUAAUCCAGAUAAUCGGGUCCUCGAAGGCCUAAGGGUAGCUCUCAUAUUCAUAUUCGGAAUCAGUGUGGUUGAAUACCUAUAACUCACUGAUUUGGCUGAAAAGACGAGGUAACAGUUCGAUAGGUUCCCUUGUAAGACAUUUUUGAUAAACUAAUCUGUUAUUUCUUAGUUGUAUGAUUUAAUGACAAUGGCAAUCAAAUAUCAAGUAACAUUGUGUCCACGUGCAAAUGAUAUCAAGAAAGUGACAUUUAAUCAUGUGAAUGCAAUUCGAAAACUAAUUAAAAAUCCAAAUAUUUUAGAAUUAUUAGAUAAAGCAUAUUUUACAUUUAAUCAACAUUUUGACGACAUGAACGAUGUUGAAUGGUUAUUAGUUCGCCAUACAAUAUUAAUAUUUUUCCAAGAUAUUCAUAUUCGAGUAUCAAUAUUUCUUAAAGAAAAUGUACAAACAUCGACUGGUCGAUUUUUAUUACCCAUUGGUGGUUGUGUACCGUCUAGCUUUCAAGUACCCGGUGAAAUACGAACGUACAAACGUGGUCGAUUACAAAAUACAAAUUCAUUUAAUCCCAGUGAAUCCUAUCAAGCGUCGGAUAAUUCAAGACCAUUUAAACUUGGCUCAAAUAUGUAUUCGAAAAAUCGUUCAGUUGAACCAGUUGUUACAAAACCAAUGACAUCAUCAUCUGUGAAUGCAACAUCAGAUAUUGAUAUGAUUAAUCCAGAUCCUUCAAUGAUUUCACAAUUGAAUUUAUUAUCGUCUAUAAUUGGAAACAAUCGUUCCGAAUCAAAAAGCAACUUUAUCAAAUUAUCAUUGUUCAAUACAGACGACGAUAGUGACGAAAAAAUAUAUGUGAAAAAGCCGGCAGUGAACGAAGAGAAAAGACAACCACCAUCAAACAAUGAUAUCAAUAUUGAUGUGACCAAGCGUGGUCAUAAUUCAAAAUUGAUGAAUGUAAUAAAUGAUUUUAGUUUCGAUAAAAAUCAACGUGGUGGUAAAAAUGACAAUGAUGAAGAUGAUGAUGAUCUUUGCGCAAUGAUGGAUAGAUUACCGCCUAAAAGACGAUAA